ACCGUGGAAAGUACGGUGAAUCGGAGGCGGUGGGUCGGCGUGCACUGGAGGGGCUCGAGAAGAUUCUUGGACUACACCACCCAGACACCCUAACAAAUCUCAACAACCUAGCCCUUGUGCUACAAUCCCAAGGAAAGUACCAUGAAUCAGAGGAGAUGAAUCGGCGUGCACUGGAGGGUUAUUACAGAAUUCUUGGACCAGACUACCCGCACACCCUAACAAGUCUCAACAACCUAGCCAUUGUGCUAGAAUCCCAAGGAAAGUACGAUGAAUCAGAGGCAAUGAAUCGACGUGCACUGGAGGGGCGCGAGAA